AUGACAGGUUGCGAUAAUUACAUGCCCUACAUUGUGGACAAGUUUGGCUGCAGAGUCCAGACUUGGAGUCCAUGUCGCAAGAUGACCGACCGCACUGUUGUGAAGCACUGGCAGUCAGUCGGUCAAAUGUCGUGUGCUCAUGUUACCUGCAUGGUCGCUUCGAGCCAGCCAAGUCGGGCAACUUUGCACGAGACAUGCAACAAGACGACAUGUCACAUGACCAUCGGCAGAGUCCAACAAGACACGCAAAAAGUAUCGAUAAGAAGGCAUUGGUUCAACAGGGAAUUUCAAAUGUACCAACUCAGUCUACCACUCCAAUGGCAUUGUAACUAA